ACUGAGCUCCUGUAAGGAGGAGAUAAAGCCCCCCAGCAGGGCAGGACCACAGCUGUCACCCUCUGACUUCCUGGACAAGCUCAUGGGGAGAACGUCAGGAUAUGAUGCUCGCAUCAGGCCCAACUUCAAAGGUCCACCUGUGAAUGUCACCUGUAACAUUUUCAUCAACAGCUUUGGGUCCAUCACAGAAACAACAAUGGACUACAGGCUCAAUGUAUUUCUACGGCAAAAAUGGAAUGACCCUCGUCUGGCAUACAGCGAAUACCCAGAUGACUCCCUUGAUCUGGAUCCAUCCAUGUUGGACUCUAUCUGGAAACCUGAUUUAUUCUUUGCAAACGAGAAAGGAGCCAAUUUCCACGAGGUCACCACUGAUAACAAGCUGUUACGGAUUUUCCAAGAUGGCAGUGUUCUGUAUAGCAUCAGGCUGACUCUUACCCUGUCCUGCCCUAUGGACUUGAAGAAUUUCCCAAUGGACAUUCAGACCUGUACCAUGCAGCUUGAAAGCUUUGGUUACACCAUGAAUGACUUGAUCUUUGAGUGGCUGUCUGAGAACCCUGUUCAAGUGGCUGAUGAUCUCACCCUCCCACAGUUUGUGCUAAAAGAGGAAAAGGAUUUGGGCUACUGCACUAAGCAUUAUAACACAGGUAAAUUCACCUGUAUUGAGGUGAAGUUUCAUCUGGAACGUCAAAUGGGCUACUAUCUGAUCCAGAUGUACAUCCCUUCCCUCCUCAUUGUCAUCCUCUCGUGGGUCUCUUUCUGGAUAAACAUGGAUGCCGCACCUGCCAGAGUGGGCCUGGGCAUCACCACUGUACUGACAAUGACCACACAGAGCUCUGGCUCCAGAGCCUCACUGCCCAAGGUGUCCUAUGUGAAGGCCAUUGACAUUUGGAUGGCAGUGUGUCUUCUGUUUGUGUUCGCUGCCCUGCUCGAGUACGCAGCAGUUAACUUCGUCUCGAGGCAACAUAAGGAGUUCAUCAGGCUGAGGAAAAAGCAGCGGCAGCAAAGAAUAGGGUUUGCCAGUCAGCCUGGGAGUGUUGAGUCGUUGCGAAAAGCGAAUGACAUCCCUGCUAACAGCACAACCUACAGGAGUCUGAAUCAGCACUGCAGCGCCUGUGCCAGG